AUGAACGAAGAAAGUCGUCGUAUACCAAAUGAUUUACGUAAUUUACGUGCUUGUUUAGUGUGUUCAUUAAUUAAGAAUAUUACGAUGUUUGAAGACCAAGGUUGUGAUAACUGCGAAGAUUUUUUAUCAAUGAAGGGUAAUCGUGAACGUGUUUAUGAAUGUACUUCAAGUAAUUUUGAAGGCAUGAUUGCAUUAAUGCACCAAGAAGAAUCAUGGGUGGCUAAAUGGCAACGUAUAUCACAUCAAGUUAAAGGAAUGUAUGCUGUUUCAGUUACUGGUACAUUACCAAAACGCCUCCAACGUGAAAUGGCUCAAAAUGGUCGAACAUAUCGUAGUCGAGAUAUUAGUUUAAAAACAUAA